UUCAACUUGUCGGGUCGGUGGAAAUGCCCUGCUGCUGCGCUGUCUGCGGAAUGCAAGUAUUUAGAGGACUGAGGACAAGCGCGCACCAGCUAUGAAGCAGUGACGAACAGCGGCUGUUGGCAGCGGUGGGAAAAUGCUGGUGGUUACAUAUGGAGGAAUCAAUCGAGUAACCUAUGAGACAUGAUCUCUAUUGCCUUCACUCCGCAGGGCUGUUUGAAUGGUUAAGGGAGCAUCUAAAUAGCCACCUCGUCUCCACGGAAAAACCCUCGUAAUGACGGAGAAAGGAGGGCUCCCGCGGAGUGGAACGGCUCCAGGACCGCACCUGCAACCGCUCAAGCCUGUCACAAUGUCUUCUACUCGGCCGGUGCAGAUGAACCUUUAUGCCACCUGGGAAGUUGACCGGUCAUCACCCAACUGUGUACCCAGGAUCUUCAGCCUCACUUUGAAGAAGCUUGUGAUGUUGAAAGAGCUGGACCGUGAUCUCACAUCAGUCGUCAUUGCCGUCAAACUCCAGGGUUCAAAACGAAUUUUGCGCUCCAAUGAAAUCCUUUUGUCCUCAGCUGGUUUGACUGAGACUGAUCUGCAGUUGACUUUCUCCUUACAGUAUCCGCACUUCCUGAAGAGAGAUGCCAACAGACUCCAGAUAAUGCUGCAGCGCCGCAAGAGGUACAAGAACCGCACCAUCCUGGGCUAUAAGACCCUCGCCCUGGGCCUCAUCAACAUGGCCGAGGUGAUGCAGCAUCCCUCUGAGGGGGCUCGCGUUCUGGGCCUGCACACCACGGUGAAGGACACCGCUCUGCCCGUGGCGGAGAUCCGGGUGUACUCCCUGUCCAGUCAACCUAUCGAUCACGAGGGUCCCAAGACCAAGCUGUCAGACCGCUCCCCAGACAUCGACUACUCUGAGGAGGAGGAGGAGAGUGACUCAUCCGAGCAGGAAGGCAGCGAUGACCCGCUCCAGUACCCGUUUGAUGAUGAGGAUGAGGUGAGGAAGAAAAAGCCAAGACGCAAACUGACCACAGCUGCAUCUAUCACCCGAGCAAACCAGCCUAACAUCAAGCAAAAGUUUGUGUCCUUGCUGAAAAGGUUCAAGGUGUUUGAUGAGGUGGGCUUCGGCCUGGACCACGUGUCUCAGGAGCAGAUCCAGGAUGUGGAGGAGGACCUGGACGACCUCUACGACAGCCUGGAGAUGUACAACCCCAGCGACAGCGGCCCAGAGAUGGACGACACAGACAGCAUCAUCAGCACACCCAAGCCAAAGCUCAGACCGUUCUUUGAGGGGUUGUCCCAGUCCAGCUCUCAGACCGAAUUUGGCAGCCUGAACAGCAGAUGCAGCCACGGAAGAGACACCCUGAGCACAAUGGACUGUAGAUUGAAGCGGUCCAGCAGCGGACAUCUGGACGAUAACUCAGAGUCAGAUGCACUGGAGCUGACCGAGCUGGAGGUUCUGGCUGAUGUCACCCCCUGCAUAACCCUGUCAGUAGCUGAAAGGCCACGGACUCCUCUGAAGAAUCAAAGCUCGUCUUCUCCUAGACUGGACGGCGACCGCACGCCGAGGCAGCGGCGCGGGACGCCCAUGCGGGAGCGGCAGCUGUCCAAGCCCCUGAGCGAGCGCACCAACAGCUCCGACAGCGAGAGGUCGCCGGACCUCAACCUCACGCCACAGAUGCCGAGGAAGAUUGUGUACGACCAGCUGAAUCAGAUCCUGCUGUCAGACAGCGCCCUGCCAGAGAGCCUGAUCCUGGUCAACGGCACUGACUGGCAGGGACAGUAUGUGUCUGAGGCCCUGCAGGCCCAGAGUCUGGCAGUGGUGAGCACCUGCUCCACGUCAGAGAUCCAGGCUGCCCUCUCCGCACUGCUCAGCCGUAUUCAGAAGUUCUGUAACUGUAACUCCACCACGCCCAAGCCAGUGAAGGUGGUGGCGGUCGGCGGGCAGAGCUAUCUGGGGGCCAUCCUCCGCUUCUUUGUCUCUGAGCUGGCCAGCAAAACGUCCGACUGGCUGGGCCACAUCAGGAUCCUGGUCGUUCCUCUGGGCUCUCACCCUGUGGCCAAGCACCUGGCCUCGCUGGAUAACCGCUACAGCUCCUCCUUCCAGGACUCCGGCUGGCGGGAGCUGUUCGGCCGCGCAGAGCCCCCUCACACAGAUGUGGAGAGUUUGGACGUGGUGGGGAGGAUCAGCCAGUACAUCAGUGGCGCCUGCGUCACUCACCAGCUCCCCAUCGCCGAGGCCAUGCUCACCUGCAAGCCCAACACACAUGAAGAGGAUUCCUGCCAGAAGUUUGUGCCAUUUGUUGGUAUGGUGAAGGUUGGGCUUGUUGAACCGAGUCCAGUGUUUACAGGUGGAGACUAUGAGGAGAGCCUGUCUGUGUGCCUGUCCGUGCCCUCCACGUCACCCCCAGCACACGGGGCAGCCAGCGGGCCCCUGAAGGAUGCUAUAACCCCGCCCCCUUCUCCCUCUCUCAGCGGACCAGCUGUUACAGGGAGCCCGAUCAUGGCGCACGGGGUGGACGCCAUUGGCCUGCAGGUGGACUACUGGGCCGCCUCGGCGCCAGACAAGCGCAAGGAGGGCGAGCGGCGCGAGGCGGGCACCAAGAACACCCUGAAGAGCGCCUUCCGCUCGCUGCAGGUCAGUCGGCUGCCCAGCUCGUCCUCGGCCGACCUGCAGCACCUGGCCAACACCAUGGCCAUGACGGUGGUCACCAAGGAGAAGAACAAGAAAGUCCCCACCAUAUUCCUUGGGAAGAAGCCAAAGGAGAGAGACAUCGAGUCCAAGAGCCAAGUGAUCGAAGGCAUCACCAGACUGAUAUGCUCUUCCAAACAGCAGCAGACCAGCCUGCGAGUGUCUGUAGAUGGCUUGGAGUGGAACGACGUGAAGUUCUUCCAGCUGGCCGCCCAGUGGCCCACACAUGUGAAGUACCUCCCCGUGGGCCUGUUCGGCUACAGCAAACCGACCUCUUAGCGCCCACUCGCACUCCCGAGUCGAUCUCAUCAGGAGCUUCCUGGACACAGUGUUCUGGUGUUUUCCGUGACCAUUUGGCUUCCAGGGUGGAUGGAUGGGGUUCGACCCCCCCACCCUGAGUUCUGUCAGCAUCAAUGAAAGGACGAGGUGCUGAAACUCAGUCUGUAAUCUGUGGUUAACAACACCUCAAGUUAACUGAUGCUGAAGGCUAACUGAUGCUGCAUUGAGACAAAGCCACACACUUCCAUUUUGAGCUGUGUUCCUUGUAUGAGGCUGGAUGUUGUGUGUGCACUCUUACCAGUGGAUUUUGCUGUUGAUGUUGCAUUUGUGCAAUAACACUUGAACUUUGUGUCAAUUUUCUGGUGUUCAGUAAACAAACAAUAGUGGAAUAUGUAAUUACCUUUGACUUGAUCCCUUGUAUUGCAAUAAUGUGAUCUAUAGUGUAGUAGUUAAAUAUCUCAUAAAAGAUUGUUGUUGUUUUUUUUGGCUUAAACCCCAGCUUUUUUCUAUAACACAGAGGCCUUGGCAAAAGAAUAUGGGCAGUUAUCAGAGGACAUGUUUCCGAGAGAAUUUGAAGUCGGCCUUAAUUUCUAACAUAUUGAACGUUGUCAUGGUUCCCCCAAACUAAUUUCUGUGAGUGACAGCUUCUUUGGUGGUUGUUUAUUUUAGUACUCCGUGUCUAUAACAUUAAACAUUGUAGGAUAUACCAUGCUGCUAAUAUGGACCAAUGUGGCUUUCCAGUGUGAAGUGUUUUGUAUGAAUUGCCUUAUUGUGAAAUCGAUGUGUACAUAUAUUUAAUGGAUCUUUUUGAACAUGUUUCUGCAAAUUCUAUGACUUGUCACAGAUUUUUGUGUAACAGAUUCUUUUCAUAUGCUGCAUUUUUAAAAGGAUCCAACCAGCAAGCACUUUGCUGUUACAUUCCAGCUUUGCGUUAAGAUUUUGCCAACAUUCUGGUCAAGCACAUUGUCAAGACUCAACCAUAAAAAGUAGAAACAGAGAUUUUCCACUGCUUAGAUGUUCAAAUAACUCUAAUCAUAUGACGCUAGAUAUUUCUGCAUGUUGAAUGAUUCUGAAACAUGUAGUGAUUUUAAUGUAACUGCCGAUAUCAGUAUGUUGGUGUACUGAAAAGCAUAGCUAAUAAAUAUUUUGUUUUUCAUUUU